AGUGAGCCAAAGGACCUGAAUCAAUGCUCUAUGACUCUACAGUUAUAUAACUGGUGAUGUGGAGGAUUUAGCUCUCCCUCUAUUUCCCCAUUUGUUGCCCUCCUCACCAAACUGUGAACUUUGCUGUAAUCUGCUGUUUUGGAUGCUGACUUUGGGCUUUGCGGAUUUGCAAACAUUGGACAUGAGAUGGAGGCUGGGAACAAUUUCAUUGUAUUUGCUCUGCAUAGUACAUUUUGUACAUGGACGGUCUAAAUGGCAAAGCUGAUUAGUAACAUUGAAAAGAAGUUGCUGGCUGUUUGGAUACUAUGAAUCUAAAACGGAUAAUUUAUUAUAAACCCGUAGAGAGGAAAGUGUUAAGGCUGGGUCAUUGUAUCCAUUGGCUGACGGCCACUGCAUCUGAAGUUUGCUGCCUAUUGUUGAGAUCCCUCAGUUGGUUGGAUGGAGUUGAAACGCAACAUUUGCAUGUAAUCCUUUGUGGAGCUAUCGUUCUGUGUGAUUUUAUUUUUGCAGUGUUGGAGCGUGUGCGGGGCUCAUUGUUCGGGCAGGGUGACUGUGCAGAUGGCUCGCUGGGGUCAGGUGGUGUGCAAUGGGUCAGCGGCAGGUGCCAUUGUGUUUAGCAGCAGCGUUUGUUAUCCCGGAGGUCAGUGUCAGAUGAUGUGCUGCUGCGGCCAGUGUCAGAGCCUGAUGCAUUGGGAGAGCUUUGGAGCCAGUUGAUGUGAUGAACCCAGCCUGCACUUUGCAACAUGGAUGGAUACAGCAGCACCGUGCCCGCCUUCCUCACCAAGCUGUGGACUUUGGUGGAAGAUCCUGAGACCAACGACCUGAUCUGUUGGAGCGCGAAUGGGACCAGUUUCCAUGUCUUUGAUCAGGGCAGGUUUGCUAAGGAAGUGCUGCCUAAAUACUUCAAACACAACAACAUGGCCAGCUUCGUGAGGCAGCUAAACAUGUAUGGUUUCCGGAAGGUGGUGAAUAUUGAACAGAGCGGGUUGGUGAAGCCAGAACGGGAUGACACAGAAUUCCAGCACCUGUAUUUCCUCAGGGGCCAGGAGCAUCUGUUGGAGCACAUCAAGAGAAAGGUGUCAGUUGUAAAGAGUGAAGAGACCAAAAUGCGUCAGGAGGAUGUCAGCAAACUGCUGUAUGACAUGCAGUUGAUGCGGGGUCAUCAAGAGAGCAUGGACUGUCGACUGAAGGACAUGAAACAUCAGAAUGAAGUUCUGUGGCGAGAGGUUGUGUCUCUUCGGCAGAAGCAUAGUCAGCAGCAGAAAGUGAUCAACAAGCUGAUUCAGUUCCUGCUCAGCCAGCUCCAAUCGAACCACAGCGGUAUCGGGCUGAAGAGAAAGCUACCUCUGAUGUUGGAUGACAACGGUUCUUCUCCUGUCACUAAAUAUGGUCGACAUCUUUCAAUAGAACCUCUUCAGGAUCCAUAUUUCAUUCAGUCGCCGUCCACAGAAGCUGCCUUGUGCUCCAGUACCUACACGGACAGCCCAGUCCCUGGAGGGCCAAUCAUUUCCGAUAUCACAGAGCUCUCCCAGCCCAGGGCUGCCACCAUUCAGCCGGCAGGGAAGGAGCAGAGGGGGAAGUGUCUGAUGGCCAUUAAGGAGGAGCCGGCGAGUCCAGGGAUCGGAGUCCAGGUCCAAACAGACUCGAUGGUUCCGGUGAAUUCGUGCUCUGCCUGUCUGGAGCCUCCUGUACUGCCGAUUUCUGUGGUCGAGUCUGUCCUAGAGGGCAGAUCCAGCUGCAACACAAUGCAACAUACGGAUAGGAGGGGGCAGACAACGGCUGUAGAGAGGAGCGAGGUGUCUGACCACAUGCAGAACAUUGAGAUGAACAUGGAUGGUUUACACUCGCUGCUUGGUGGCCAGCAGUACAGUCUGGAGCAUUCCACCAUCAUGCACAUCUUUAAUCCAAAUCUUCCUCUGAAUGAGCUGAACCUGUCCGAUAUGGAAGCAAACCUUGCAAUGAUACAGAAACUUAUCGUGGAUCCAGAGCUGAGGCCAAUUGAACCGUCCAACAAAGCCCUGAAAUCUGGAGCAAACUCAGGAAAGCCACACCUUCCACAGCAUUUCCUUCCAGAGCCACAUCUUCCGAUCAAUCAGGAACUCUCCAACCUGGACAAUGACACCGCCCUCUUCGAGCUCACCGAGGAGACCGCUGCCUAUUUCCCAGAUACGGAGGUGGGACAGGACGAAUUCUGAGGCAAACCACCCAGGUUGUAGCACCUUUGCAAGGCACAGUCUCACACCUUCGCUCCCACCGUGGUGUUCACACAAAGCAGAGGUCUUCCAUCAGAAAACAAAAACCUUUCAGAACAUCUAGAGAAUUGUGGAUCCCACCAAGUUGCUGCCCCCAAUGGCACUGGCGAAAAGAACUCACUUUCUUCUCAUCAUCUUCCAAUCUGCACCACCCCUUCCUCUUCACUGCACCCAUCCCAUCACUUCAUCAUUGGGAUUGGAAGAGAUGAAAUCUUGCUGGAAAUUGUAGCUGACACUUGGGGUGGGGCCGAGAGGCAGAAUCUACACAGUGCCUCAAGUAUCUUCACAGGGAAUUAUACUGGAUUGUAUAUGAGCCUGUGGUGGUUCUGUGCCACAGAGCAGAGAUCUCGUCCACAACCACUUUUUGCCUUGUGUGUUACCUAAUCUUUUCAAAUUAUGUUUCAGAAUUCUUGUUUGUGUGUUAGACAUCUACGGACAAAGAUUGGUAAUCAUUUCUGUAUUUGUAUAUUGCAGCACAAUAUUAAUCAGAUUUUGUUUUCAUUCUAUAUACUUGCAAUGGUUAAAAGUGCAAAGCUUGGAAGGUUGGGUUUGAUGUAUUGAUAUUCCAUUUGGAUUAUUUUUGCCCGGGCUAUUGUGAUAAAUCUUUACACAUUCAAUAAAAAAGUUGCAGAAGCUUUUUUUUUUAAUGUCUCCCCUCUUGCACAAAGAUCUAAGUACACUCAGCUUAAAAACAGUUAAGGAUUUCCUCUAUCGAAUCGUAUUUAAACUUUGCUCUAUAUACCUUCAUUCCAUUCUCUUUUCAAAGGGCCUUUUCUAUAAGUCUGUCUGCAAUUUCCACUGCCAUUGUCUCACACAUGAGAACUAAAAUGGCACUGCUCAUGGGAAAGUAGUGGAGACAAGUUCGGCAAGUUGGGCCGAAGGGCAUGUACCCACAUGCUCUAUGACUCUGACAUUAAGGGGCCUAAAAGUAGAUAAAUCCCCUGGGGCUGAUAGCCUGUGGCCCAGAGAUCAAGGGUGCCUGCAGAGUCAGUUUGAAUGUUGGUCUUCAUUGCCAAGCCAUGUCAAAUUGAUUGUCAUAUGCACAAGUGUGGUGAGGUAUACUGUAGGUGUGAUGGAAAUCUUACUUCCAGCAGCAUCAC